AUGUUACACGAUCUUCCACUUGAGCUGACAGACCGUAUCAUCGACUACCUAUCCGACGACCACGCCUCUCUACGCAGCUGCUCCCUCACAUCGCACGCAUGGCUCCCGCGCAGCCGUUUUCACCUCUUUAGCAACAUGCACGUAGAAGAGAAUGAACGGCUCGGAUCCCUCGUAGAUGUCUCUUACUCAAACGGUGCACCUCCGCUCGACUUAGUGCGCUCGUUGACAUUCAAAGGGAUCUAUUGGAAUCCCCCGUGGACGGGUCGGCUGGCUGAUAUUUUCGGCAACAGCUCCUCAUCCCUACAGGCAUUCAUUGCUCAGCAGACCGAAUCUCGCUAUGCUGGCAUUCUCGUAUCCACCUUGAGGCAGUUCAGGAAUGUCACUCGACUCGAUCUCUCCGGGUGCACCUUCCGCAAUCUUGAGAUGUUCAGAGAUAUCAUAUCGGCAUUCCCCCUCUUGAGACGCCUCUGUUUGCAAUGCGUACUCAUGUGGGACCGUGUAUCUCCUUCCGAUGAUGAAGUAGAGUCGGAUUACCCUCUCAGCCGCCCGUGGACGUCUUGCCCGCCACUCACGCAUAUCUCGCUCGUCAGCCGCAUGCGGUCCAUGUGGUCCGUCUACCAAUACAUCGUUUCUACGACAUCUCCGCAGUCCGUCCGCUCGUUAGAGCUAGCGGUACCUCGGUCGGGGUUGGAUUACGCGGGAAGUUCAAUUGAAGUUGUCGCUCCCCAUCUGGAGCGUUUGAAGGUGGAACCCGAGGAGGAAUUUAUUCUUGCUGAAUGGCGCCUCCUCAACCUGAACAACUGCAGCGCACUGCGCACGUUCUCUAUGGCAAACACGGGUGGCGUGCCGUUAGCAGAGAUACUGCGCUUUCUCUCCCCCUGCUGCCGUGUGCGCGUCUUAUAUUUACGCCUGCACGCCAUCGAAGAAAGGUGGGAGGACUUGCGCGAGGUGGUGACGUCGGAGCAGUUCUCUGAGCUGCGGGAGGUCACGAUGACGCUGGGGGACGUCUACGAAUCACCGGGUUCUUCCAUCCAGUGUGUCAACGAAUUUGCAGAGUUUUUGGAGAGGCGGGGAGUCCGGACUGCAGUGGUCGGUCGAGAAUCUCGUUUUCUCCGUAGUUCGAACACACUUGGUAUAUAG